UUUUUACUUGUAUCUAGAUCUAGAAUAGAUUAAAGAUCUAGGUAGAUUUGAUAGAUCUAGAAAUAUCUUGAUCUAGAGAUCUAUAAUUUAUAUAGUCUAGUAUAGACUAUAGUGUCACUAUACUAGUCUAUAUAUAGGCGUAGCCAGGAUUUUUUUUCGGGGGGAGGGGAUUUUUUCUCACUCCCCUCCCCCACCCCUCGAAAAAAAAUAUUUAUAAGUAUUUAUGUGUGUGUGUGUGUGUGUAUACAUAAUCUUUAUUACAUUCUGACCCUUCAUUCUUUCGGAAGAUGCUUAUUGUGCCUUGGCCUUAGAAUAGGUUCUUCCUUUUUUAAAAAAAAAUCCUGGAGUUAGUGGAAAAAGUGUAGAUUCUCCGCCAUUGCCUAGGAGCUCCCCCAGCACGGGCCGCCGCCAACCAUUAUUUUUGAUUACAUCUAUACUAGAUCUAAGCUAGUUGUCACAGCAGUCUACCUCGAUUCAAGCAAGGCCGGCAAGGGCAGAGAAGCAAUCAGCACACAGGUGACACGAUAUAGACAAACGAUACACCAGCCAGCAGCGCAGUAAUUUGAAUAAUUCAGCUGGAUUUGGAUGCAUCCGUCCAUUCAACAUUCACAUUGUAUUAUCAAUCUACGUCUCUGUCUCGAGACAAAAGGAGCCAUCUAUAAUUAUAUAGACAUUAAUAGAUUAUAUAGAUCUAGACUAAAUAUCUAUUCUGUUACUAUCUAGACUAAGUCACAAAGUCACUAAUCUAGAGAAUAUAGAAAAAUAUAGAUCUAGAUCUUGAUUGAAAUGAUUGUUUCUUGAUUUAUUAGUAGAUCUAAAUCUAGAGACAAAAGAAUUUAGACAAUCUAAUUCUAAUCUAUAUUAGCUAGAUCAUAGCUCACUAAGCCCAAGCUGUCCAAGCUCAUAUAUGUAUCUCAGUAUUUGAUUCUGAUAUAUAUAAUAAUAAGACUGAAGACAAGUGAAAAGAAAGAUCUAGGUCAAGAUUUUACACCUCUCCAACUAUCUACAAUUUUGCUGACCUGAUUUGCUUGUGAUUUUGUCUUUUAGUCAAGCCCAAGCUAGAUCUAUUAGACACUAGCUAGACACUAUCAUAUAAUAUAGAGUCUAAUAUUCAUAGUAGUAGUUGAUGAUCAUAUAAUAUAUUUUAUAUAACAUAGCCUUAGGCCUAUGCGCCGUCUCUAGUAUCUCUAGAAGCUAUGACUUUUACUUAACACAACACAUCAAGUCAAAAGACCUGGACCUAGAAACUAGUAGGUUAGAUUUUAGAGUAUUAUAAUCUACCCUUGGUCUAUCAACAAUCACCUUAUUAAGAGUUGAACAUUAUAGCUCUAGACUAGAUUAUUAAUAUUAUAUAUAUAUUAAUUUAAACUUAGAUCUAGAUUCACUAGUGACUAGAUGAAGUAGAUCUUUUUUUUUUUAAUCCAUUAGAUGACAUUUAACUGAAAGUUUUACAGUACAUUAUUAUUAUCGAUUUAGUACUCUAGUCUAUAUUAUUCUGAAUCUAGUAUAACAGUGUAUGUUGAAUAACCAAGAUAAAAUGGCCACAAGUUUAAAAUGGAAACUUCGAGCAAUUAGUAUUUUUUGUCAAGUCUAUGUCUUCCUGUUUUGCAUUUUGACACUCUUAAAUUUAUUUUAUGUAACUAUUCCUACAAUUUGUUCCUCGGAUAGUUCAUCCUGGCUUCUGAAAACUGUUGCUUUGUGUGUAAUAGGCAACACACUAAGUAAUUACAUAUGCUUAAGAUACACAGCCUAUGUAUCAACUAUUUACUUGAAACAGCUCAGAAGAUCUAAAGUACAUACAGACCAGUAUACUAUGGGCACACUAAAUAGAUCAAGUAAUGAUCUCGAUGUGAAGGCUGCUAAGAGUCAACAAGAUCUUUCGUUCUUUGUCCAUUUAACAAAUUCUUUGCCACCAUCAACACCAAUAAAUAACAAUGAUCUAGAGACAAUUAGCUCUUAUAAAUAUCAAAGCUCUGAAUCCAUUUUCUUCUUGGAUACCAGCAAGAACUGGGAUAAAAGAACGCCACGAUUACUAGAGGACUGGCAUAUGUGCAGUGAUUGUAAAAUGUUGUCUCCACCUCGAGCCAGACAUUGUCACUUGUGUCAUGUCUGUGUUCUCAAAAGAGAUCACCAUUGUUUUUUUUCCAAUUGCUGUGUAGGUUUUCACAAUCAAAGAUACUUCAUUUUCUUUUGUUUCUAUGCAGCUUUGGGUACAUUACUUAACACCAUAGCCACAUUUUAUUAUCUGGAUCAACAUUAUAGCCAGCUUCAAACUUGGGGCUAUUUAGCUUAUACACCACCAGUAUUAUUGUAUUUCUGGAUAAAUAACUCUGUGAACAAUGCUCUCCUUACCUUGUUAGCAUUCCAGUAUUUCAGUACCAUAACUACAUUGGCUUGUUUCUACUACUUUGUAACUCAAUUCUUUUUGGCUUGCGCAGGGAUGACUAUGCAUGAAUAUGCCAAAAACAUCAAUGAAUACAGAGGAACUAUAUGGUCAAAUCUUUAUUCCGUUUUUGGAAAAUACUGGUUAAUAAAUGUGUUUAUUCCAAUGCCAAGUCUAGGCUACACCAGUGACGGCAUCAGCUGGGACAGAUUUUUUAAUACAAAGGUUUUGUGAUUACAUGUAUAUAUAUUGAAUCUAUGUUCCUAAUACAGUAUGUAAUUUUUUUUUUCAAACUCAAUUUUUUUUUACACAACUUAUAUCAACUCUGUCUGUCUGUCUGUGGUAACAUGCUAUUUUCCCCACACCCAAUCUCAGAUCAAGUUGAAAUUUCUUCGCACAAUUAUUCCUUGUAACGAAUACCUGACAAAACAAAAAAAAACAUUUAACCAAUUAGUUAAUUAACUAUUGGUACCGGUAAUUAAAUUAAUUAUUUUGUUUUGUAUCAAACUAGGAAAGAAAAUAUACUUGACAGAUGUUGUGAAAUCAGUCCCCUUUAUACUUAGGGGAUAAAGUACCCAUUUAAAAUUUUGAAACUAACAAUAGAUAACUAUAAAACCCUCAAUUUUUUAAGCACUUUGCUGGCAUAGUGGUUAGUGUAUUGGCCUGAGAGGCUUGAGCCUUUGAGUUUAAUUCAAGUAGUACAACUUUCAAAAAUAUUUUUGAUAUAGUUCACCCAGGUACCCCCUGUUUUGCCCCCUCCCAUUUCCCAACUAGUACAGACAAGUGAUAGAAUUAUUAGCGCAUCGAGAAACACAAAAGCAUGAAAUUGUGCUAAAGAAAAACUAUUGUUAAAAAUAUUUCUAACUGUGCUGAUUUAUUAUUGUUAGCCUAGACCUAUUAUAUGACUGAUCCAAACUAAUUGAUACAAUUACAGUUAAUAUAAGCUUUGUUUUGCUUUUGUAAAGUAUUUUUUAUAUUUUUACAAUGCUUAUAUCCACUCACUCUGUCUGUCUGUUAAAAAGUUUGUACACAUUAUUUCUCCCACACCCAAUUUAGGAUCAAGCUGAAAUUUUGCACAAUUUUUUUCUUUUACCUGACAACACAAGAAUCAAUUUAAAAAAAUUAGUUAAUUUAAAUUAACUAUAGGUGAUUAAUUAUUUGUUUGUUAUCUUGAACAACGGAAAGAAAUCAUACUUGACAGAUGUGGUAUAAGUUUUCAGACUGAUCCAAACUAAUUGAUACAAUUAGACAUAAUAUAAGCAUUUUUUUUUUCAAAAGUACUUUUUAUGUUGUUUUUUUUUUUACACUUGUCUGGUAAAAAGUUUGUACACAUUAUGUCUCCAACACUAAUUCUCAGAUCAAGUUUAAACUUGCACUAGACAUGAAUCAAUUAAAUAAAAAAAAAAGCAAUUAUUAAAUUUAAUAUUGGAAGUUCAUUAUUUUGUUUGAUACCAACAAGGGAAAUUAAUCCUUCAGUAUUUACAAAUAUGUAAGGUUUGGUCUAUUUAAAUAGUUGUACUUUCUAUUUCUCCCACACCUCUUCCUCGGAACAGGUUGAAACUAGAUCGCACUUGCCGUCAGGGCUGGUCCUACAGGUUGCGGGACCCUAUGCAAAACGGAUUGAUCGGGGCCUUAUUUGCGUUGAAAUAAAGAUAAUAAGUGAAAAUUAAGAUUUUGUAUCAGAAAAUAAAUUCGUCUUUGCAUUUUUUUAUUUAUAGUUUACUAAGUACAUAAUCACUGUUAAAUUAACUUUACAGUAGAUAGUAGUUUUCCAACAAAAAGCUGAUAAACAUUCAGAUCUGCCUUUUAGAUUUACUAUCGACUAGCAAAAUAUCGUUGUUUUUUUUUCGAAGAGGUCGCGUAGAUUUAGAUCUAUAUUUGUAUGCCAGUGACAUUUAAAGUAAAUUAAAUAUUUGAACUUCUUGUUUUGGUAAAAAUUCGGCUUAUUAUUACAUUUUUAUUAAAUGAAAGCUGACAAAGCUGUAUGGUUGUUUUUUUUAAUCGUGAGUAGGAUUGGCAUUUUCCAUAUUGAAUGACACCCCGAAAUGACAAUUUUGUCUGUUUUAAGGAGAUUUGCAUCAGUUUUCAGAAGAUUUUAAUAAUUUCAGGAGAUUUUCAUGACUUUUUCUUAUAUUUUAUAAUUUCAGGAGAAUUCCAGGAACCCUUUAAUAAGUUAAAAUGGUUUAAUGUAAUAAUUUAUACCUAGAAUUUGCAUCGCGCGGGGCCUAUAAAAGUACGGGGUCCACUGCUGCCGCAUAGGCUGCCAGUUGCCUAAGACCGGCCCUGCUUGCCGUUCCUUUGCAUCGCGCGGGGCCUAUAAAAGUACGGGGUCACUGCUGCCGCAUAGGCUGCCAGUUGCCUAAGACCGGCCCUGCUUGCCGUUCCUUUGGAUACAUCAGCUGCAUGAAAAAGGAGGAGGGGGGGGGGGACUCCUGUGUGGGCGACAUUGCUCUGACCAUGAGAUGAUCCAUAGUCUCUUCGGGAUUGAAGGGGAGGCCAUAUAUUGGUAAUAAUUUUGUUUGCUAUUGAAUAAGGGAAAUAACUUCUACAUUAUUGAGAUAUAUUGUUGUAUGUGCAGACUUUAAAGGAUGUUUUAAUAUUUUGCUUGAUCUUGUUUAUUAUUGUUUAAUGUUUUCUUUGAAGUAUUUUUUUUUGUUCACAUUUUUCUUGUUUACUCAUAGUUUGAUAAUUGACAAGAAUGUGAAGAUUUGCUCAAAAAUUUAAGACUUUACAAUCUAAGUGUGUAACUUAAAGAGAGAUGUAAUUCAAAUAAAAACAUCUAAAUGAUU